CCUACAUAUAAAGACUUGCUUGGGCCAGUUUAUUCUCUUCUCUUCUUCGUCUCCUUCUAUCACAACAUUACUGCUCUUCUAUCAGUAAACUAAAACACUCCCAAAAUGCCUACCAAAUUCAUUGUCAGCGUCCGCACCAAAGAUGCUCAUGAAAAUUCGCUCGGUGACUUUGGAGCCACUGAAAGUCCCAUCAUCGAUGCUAUUAAGAAUGCAUUGACUCGAUUCAACAUCUCUUUGGAGACUGCUAGACACGGUCCAGCACCACGGGUUUUCCCUCCAUGGUAUAUGGUGAUUGCGGAAACCUCUGGCGAUAUCAGUACAGAUGAUUUUAAGGGGGCACUGGACGAUGUUUGGUCUGGAACAAAAGAUCAAGAGGGAAAUCCUGUCCCUGAGGCUGAUAUCAAUGUCCAAGAUCAAGAUGAGUGAAUAACAUAGAUUCAUGAGUAUUGAUUGACUAUCAAUUUGAUAUAAUUGAUAUGUUUUAUGAGUAGUAUCCUACCUGAGAACUCGAGGAAUAGACAAUAAUAUGACAACAUCAUUGAAAGGAGUGUUUGCAUAAGACAGCUUCUAUUCAGACAAGAUAGCCAGCUGGAAAUAAAGUAUCUACUGAACAAAGCAAGAAAAAUAACCGAAAAAUAUACAAAGUCGAAUCUCAC